CUACUAUAUAAACCUACGAGUACCUCUAGCAGUCAACACAGUCCUUUCGCAGGAGGUGCAAAACAAACAUCAUGAAAUCAGCUAUAGUUCUUGUGGUUUGCUUGUUCGGCUAUGCUGCCGCCGGCGCCGUCCAUGGCUUGGGAUUGGUCGGUCUUGCCAACGUCCACGACGAUGGACAAUGGAAGCCCCAUUUGGACGGUUCCGUCCUCGGAUCUGGAAACCUCCAUUGGCUCGGUGCUGAUCUCGACGAUGGACAGUGGAAACCUCAUUUGGACAACUCUUUCGCUGGACAGUCCGGACACGGUCUCCUCGCUCACGGUCUCGUCGGACAUGGACUUGUAGGACACGGACUCGUCGGACACGGUCUCGUCGGACACCACUUGUACAAGAGGUCCGUCUAGGGAGUCAACCCUUACUCCCUCCCUGUCCCACUCGACACCCCCUACGUCGCUCACGCCAAGCACGCCCAGCUCGUCCAACAACACACCGAAGGAACCAGGAACGUCCUCGGAGGCGGUGUCC